AUGUUCUCCCUCCCAACAACAACCCUCCUCUUCACACUUGGCCUCACCCUCGCCGCCCCCGCCCCAAUGACCCCAAACCCCUCCACGCCCGCGGCCUCAACCCCUCCUGCGCCCCAGGCGGCAACUUCGACCUCACAAAACCAAAUCUCAGGCAGCAAACUCGCAGGCUGCUCCGGCUACAAGAGCAAGGAUGUGUUCUUCACCAACACAUCUGACGGCGCGCUCGUCCUAAAAGUCUGCGGCUCCUCGGACAGCUGUGGCUGCGUGACCACCAAAAACAGCAAGCACUGCCGCACCGAGCUUCGCGAGAAAAGCCCGAAUUCGUGGUCUCCAAAGGCGUCUGUAAAUCGCCUGCACGCCUCGCUCAAGGUCGUGAAAGCAGAUGGCUCUGCGCACGGAACCGUCGUGGGCCAGAUCCACGUCGACGACUCUGUCUCCAAAAAGCCCGUGUGUGAGCUGUUCGUCAACGAAAAGGGCGAGGUUACCAUGGGCGUGGAGCAGGUUCCUGAUGAGAGUAGCUUGAAAAUGACGAAGGUGGGCAAGGUGAAGAUUGGGAAGCAGUUUGAGUAUGAGAUCAGGUAUGAGAACGGGAAGCUGAGCGUUUCAAUCGAUGGCGGCGAGCAAAAGGUUUUGGGAACUGGCGGACUGAAGAGUCCGCUGAGCUACUUCAAGGCUGGAAAUUACAACCAAGGGAAUAGCCCAAGUGAGGUGCACUUUUACAGCAUCGACGUGCAACAUGGUGGAAAGAAGAGGGAUGCUCAUGAGGUAGAAUAG